GCCACGGCUUCACCAUCAUCUAGUUCAAGCAGUCCAUCAAGCAGUCCAUCAAGUAGUUCUUCAAGUAACCAUGUUGCUAUCAUUGCAGGCGCAGCGGGUGGCGGUGGGGUCGUCCUUGUUGCGUUGGUCAUCCUCAGCAUAUACUUGCGGCUUAAAUGGAAGGCAUCUCGUUUACCAGAUGUUCGGUCUUCUACAAAAAGCCAUCCACGUCAACUACAGCGGCAUACAGAUCCAAAUUACAAAUCCAGCCCUCACCCACCACAAUCCCCUUCCCUAUAUAAGACAAACACUCCCAGCAACCGUACCCGACCCAUUAAUUCCACCCUAGGAACUCAGUCAGAGAUGACCAAUUCGUCCACCCGCACCUUCGCAGUUAGCGCCCUUCCCUCAUCAU